AUGGCAGGUCAAGAAUUUUCGCUCAGAAACGCCAAUGCAUCAGUCAUUGAGUUGAUAUCUGGCGAAGAAGCUUUGAACGAGUUGAAACAAGUAGAUGAUUAUUUUAAUAAUUUCAGUAGAUUUGACUUAGAAUCACGUUUAAAGUCGUCAACAGCGACAUUGGAUGAUUAUAUCGCAUCUUUUACACAACGUAUUGUAAACUGGAAUGAAAAGCAAAAACAAUGUAUUGGAAACUAUAUUGAUUACAUCAAUACGAAAUGUAUCGAUCAACUACAAUUAUUAGUACUACCAGCUCGUAUUUCAGUUGUAUUAACAGAUGGGAAAGAUCAGAGCGACGAUGCUCAUUGUCGCAAUAAUAAUGUAAUUGUACUUCCACAACACAUUGUUAUAAUGACGGAUAGUAAACGUGAAACAUUCAUUCAUGAAUUAUUUCAUAUAUGGAGUCGACAAAAAACGAAUAUGAAAAUUCGUGAUGAAUUAUAUGCGAGCAUUGGUUAUCAUCGAAUUCCAAUUGAUUAUCAAUCAGAACUUCCUUCGGAUCUAUCAGAAAUGAAGAUUACUAAUCCUGAUGCACCAUUUGUGAUGAAAUACUUCAUCAAUCUGAAGAGGAAAAAUCAUCAAAAAAACAAAAUCUGUAAAUGUACACCAAUUAUACAUGCAUCUCGUCCAUUUAAGUCGAAAUAUUCCACUAGUAUGUUUGACUAUUUAGUUGCAACGACCAUCGUUUUAGACGAAGAAACGUAUGAGCCAAAACAACCAUUAGAAUAUCUUCCCUAUGAUCAAGCAGCAAAUUUUUAUGCUCAAAUUGGAAAUAAUACGGGUUAUAUUAUGCACCCGGAAGAAAUUCUAGCUGAUAACUUUGUUCUAUGGAUGAUUGCAACAAAGAAUCCAAGUCGAUUACGUACUCCAACUGUUGUACAUAAUAUGAACGAUAUUAUUGUUCGUUCUGUUAAAUAA